UCGGGAUCUCCGGGAUCGCCGUGAUCCUUUUGCCGGAUUGGGAAUUCUUCGAUCGGGAUUUUUCGCAGUGGUUCACGCCCAUGCCUGCUCAGAGAGCACCGAGCAUCGAUCGGGAUGCAGAUACUUUCAGCUUGCAGGCCAUUCGAGUGGUGCAGGCAAGGGUAAAAGUUAUCAAGGAUCUGUAAAAGUUGCUUAUGGGUUCAGCCUUGUAAAAGGAAGGGCAAAUCAUCCUAUGGAGGAUUAUCAUGUAGCAAAGUUUAUCCAGAUAAGGGGGCAGGAGCUUGGUCUUUUCGCUAUAUUUGAUGGUCAUUUAGGUGACAGUGUAGCUGCCUAUUUACAAAAGCAUCUGUUCACUAAUAUUCUUAAAGAGGAAGAUUUUUGGAAUAAUCCAGGAGAGGCAAUCUCCAAAGCCUAUGAGAAGACUGAUAAAGCAAUUCUAUCACGCAGUCGUCCUGAUCUGGGGCGAGGUGGAUCAACAGCGGUUACUGCGAUUCUCAUAGAUGGUAGGAAAUUGUGGAUUGCUAAUGUUGGUGAUUCACGUGCUGUUCUUGCGAAAGGUGGAGAUGUUAUACAGUUAAGUGUUGAUCACGAACCCAAUACUGAGCGUGGGAGCAUUGAGAAUAGAGGUGGCUUUGUUUCAAACAUGCCAGGAGAUGUUCCCAGAGUUAAUGGCCAGUUAGCCGUUUCACGUGCUUUCGGAGAUAAGAGCCUCAAGUCACAUCUGAGUUCAGAUCCAGAUAUACGCUCCGAAGAUGUGACUGCUGACAGCGAUCUCCUGAUUCUUGCGAGUGAUGGCUUGUGGAAGGUAAUGAGCAACGAAGAGGCAGUGGAUAUUGCUAGAAAGUACAAAGAUCCACAAGCAGCAGCAAGGCUGCUGACAACGGAAGCAGUGAACAGAGUCAGCAAGGAUGAUAUCUCUUGCAUCGUUGUUCAACUAAGGGCAUAAAGAUUAUCUAACUUGUUGUCGAUUAUUAAAUAUUGCCAGGAAGCCAUAACGACCGGAAGAUAACAAGGGAAAGGCGCAAGUCCUUGAGUGUUAGCCUAGUAGAGCUCCUGCUGUUCCGAUUCUUCUGUAUAUUGUUGGUUCACCUGUGGUUGGUUAUUCUGGUAUCAUUGGUUGAUUUCUUCGAUGUUUUAGUUAAGGAAUGUAUUAUUGGUAUGGGUGGAUGAUGUAGUUGAUUGGUUGAAUGGCUUUUUCCCCUUAAAAUUUCAA